AUGUUACUUUCGUUUGAUCGAUAUUUGCAAAAACCUCUCCACAUUUCCAUCCACACCCACAUGGUCGUUUUAAAUCUUUCCGUUGAAUUCAACCAAUUUUGUAUUAUUCAAUUCAUCAAGCGGUGAGAAUGAAAACGGAGAUGAAUUCAUUCGCCGGUAAUCACAAUUUGCUAAUUUCUUCAAUCCAAUUCAACCAGAAAACAAACUUAGAGCAGCACAAUUUUCAAACAAGGAUAGCGAAAUCGAAAGCGAAGUAUUUACAAGCAUCUCGACCUCAAACUUUCUCCAAGUCGAAUGCUAAUCCGAUUCUAGUUCAACCCCAUUCACUGUAGCCAUUGGUAAUUUGUUGAAUUAUCUUAAUGGGUAGCCAAGAUGCUAGACAACCACUGUUACCAACAUCAUCUAAUACUUUAGAAACAAGGGUAAUAAAUAUUCCUAGAAGCAAAAGGCGAUUGAGGCGCACCAAGAGUGCUCCUCAUGCAAAUUCUCCUACUGAGAUCACCCACACCAGCAACGUGCCGGCCACAGGUCCAGUUCCACGUUCAGGAUUAAUAUUCGGAAAUCUACACCCGAGUUUCAGAAGAGUAGCCUUAGUUUUAAUAACAUACCUGGGUAUAGGAACUUUAUGUUUUUACCUUGUCAGGCACCAAAUCCAAGGGGAGAAAACAAACAGAUUAGUUGAUGCCAUAUAUUUCACUAUUGUGACAAUGACAACUGUUGGGUAUGGAGAUCUUGUCCCAAACAGUCCUUCCACAAAACUGCUAGCUUGUGCUUUCGUUUUCACAGGAAUGGCCCUAGUUGGCCUAAUACUGAGCAAUGCAGCCGAUUAUUUGGUAGAGAAGCAGGAAAUCUUGCUAUUUAAAGCCUUCCAUAUUGACCAAAAUGGCCAUUGUGACAUUUCGAAAGAAAUCGAUACUAAUAAAGCUAGAAACAAGUGCAUAGUGGUGUUUCUCCUUCUUCUUUUGUUCAUCAUUUCUGGGACUGCCUUUCUAGUUACCAUUGAGAAGUUAGAUUUUAUUGAUGCCUUUUAUUGUGUAUGUUCUACGAUCACAACGCUAGGCUAUGGAGAUCAAAGCUUUUCAACCAAGUGGGGACGUGUGUUUGCCAUUUUCUGGAUCUUGAUAAGCACCAUCACUCUAGCUCAGUUUUUCCUUUACAUUGCUGAGCUAAACACUGAAAGAAGGCAAAAGUCUCUUGUAAAGUGGGUUCUAAGUAAAAAGGUGACAGACAUAGACCUUGAGGUUGCAGAUAUCGAUGAUGACGGUGUUGUCGGGGCUGCAGAAUUUGUGAUAUACAAGCUGAAGGAGAUGGGGAAGAUUACUGAAGAUGACAUUUCACUUGUGUUGAAUGAAUUUGAGAAUCUUGAUGUUGAUCAAUCAGGAACACUGUCCAUAUCUGAUAUAACACUUGCUCAAUUAUCUUAAGCAGAGAUGAUGAUGGUGGCCUUUCUUCUAUGACAUCAGUUAAGUUGUUUUUGCAAUGUUUUUAUAUUGCUCGACUUUCUGCUUCUUAUCUUGUGGAAUUUGAAUCAUUCAGCAUUCUUUUGGAUAUUGGUUACUGUCCAUAUGUUGUGGUAAAGAUAUCCUCUCCUAUUAGUGAAAUGUUAUAAAAUUUCGAUGUCGUAAAGUUGUUCAUAUCAA